AAAGACGAGGGCUUCGUGUACUUCCGUACGUCAGUGAACAAUCCUGGUGGAAGCAGGUAAACGUCGUUCUCUAAGCCUGCUAACCUCAAUUUUUGCAAAUACCUCUCCCUCUGCUCGCCCUGUAAAUGCCCUAUGUCGCUGGAUAGUGAAGGUGUUUUCUGCAUCUCGCUCCUUUUUCUUUUAUGUUUUUUCCCUGGUAUUUCCCACACGCCUGACUGCAGGUCAGGAAGAUCACCCGCGCUGCAAAGCCAGCCUGGUAACGUGUACAGAUCACGUACACCAGCAUCAUUGAUUUUCUGGUGAUAUCGCUUCUUACUCGCGUCAUCUAGGCCGGAUAAAAUACUCGACAAUGAGACUUCGUCAUGAUCAACAGUGUAUCGCUACCGGUAGUCGCCAUAUUUGUGACCGUCAAAAUGGCGCCAUCUACUUGUUGACAUGGCAACGGUCACGUGGGUCGAAAACCGCUAUAUGGGGGCCAAAAAAUUGCGAAAAAUUGAGUUAAUCUUUCAGUUAGCUAGAUUUAUUGGUAUUAUUUUUAUCGCGUUCUAUCCGCCAUUGCUGAUAUGUGCCACGUCACACAUCAUGUGGUACACAAGAAGGGGAACCUGCCGAUGACAUCACGCGCGGAAAUUAAAAGGGCAAAUCUUAAAGCAGACUGGAGCACGAAGCCACUACUUCAGCGAUGUCAGGAGCUGGUGAAGGUGAUCGAUGACUAUCCUGCUAAGGAGCUUCACCUGGUCUUCCCAUGGCUGGUUGAGGGAAUCUUCGGCAGCCUGGAUGGGGUCAUUGUGGGCUGGAAUUUGCGAUUUCUGCAUGCUCGUAUGAAUGAGUAUAACAUCGUCCUGGACUUUCUUGAUCCAAGCGGCCCUAUGAUGAAGCUUGUGUACAAGCUGCAAGCAGAGGACUACAAAUAUGAGAUCCCCAUCAGUUAUUUACCAGGUCCCGUGAAGGCAGCCAUUCAUGAGGGAGUUCUGCCAGACUGUCCCCUGUUUCACAAUAAGCUCCAGUUCCCCAUGUCAGGCCUCCUCAUGCUCAAUCCUUUUGAAUACUACAUCUUCAAUUUUGCUUCCAGUCUCAUUGCACCAAAGAACUAUCCUCCUGGACAACUUGGCAGCUGUUCAGACAGUGCCUACUUUGUGCUUGUUGAUGCCUACCUCAAGCACUUCCUGCCCACAGAGGGAAACGUGCCCCCAUCUCCUUUCUCUGAUCCCAGGGGCUCUGUGGCCUCUCCAGCUCCACGGUCUUCCAGCGUGCCUUACAUUGGUUAUGGCGUCCACAGCAGCAGCCUGCUAAAGCGACACAUAUCCCAUCAGCCCUCGGUCAAUGCUGACCCUGCUGCUCAGGAAAUCUGGAGAUCUGAAACCCUACUACAGGUGUUUGUGGAGAUGUGGCUCCAUCACUACUCUCUGGAGGUGUACCAAAAGCUGCAGUCUCCUCAGGUGAAGCUGGCGUUGCUGCAGUACCGCCUCAAUAUGUCCAGCAUGCUGUGCCAGCCCCCGGCCCCACCAGGCUCUGAGACCCUCCACACAUACCAAGAACCCUUCAGCCCCACGGAGGAACACGUUCUGGUGGUGCGUCUGCUCAUCAAACACCUGCAUGCUUUCUCCAACAGUCUGAAGCAGGAGCAGGCCUCCCCCUCUCCCUCCACCCACUCGCAUGCCAGCCCUCUCGAGGAGUUCAAGAGGGUGGUGGUACAGAGGUUUGUCCAGCAGAAGCUGUAUGUCUUCCUGCAGCACUGUUUUGGUCACUGGCCUCUUGAUGCUUCAUUCAGAGCGGUUUUAGAAACGUGGUUGAGUUAUAUCCAGCCCUGGAGGUACACAGGAGAGAAAAACAAUCCAAAGGCAGAGACUCCGAGCAGAUCAGUACCUGAUAAGUGGGCUUCCUUUGUACAGGAAAAUCUUCUGAUGUACACAAAGCUGUUCCAGGGUUUCCUUAAUCGGGCUUUACGCACAGACCUCAUUAAUGCCAAAAAUGCACUGAUGGUAUUUAGGGUUGCCAAAGUCUUUGCACAACCAAACCUUGCGGAGAUGAUUCAGAAAGGAGAACAGCUGUUCCUCGAACCCGAGCACGUCCUCCACCACCGGCAGACCCGCGUGUUCCUCUCUCCUGCACACGGUGGCAGCUUCCUGUCCUCCCGACAGCCUGCAGGGACAGAUGCUGUCUUUAAAGUCAAGAGUCACGUGUACAGUCUGGAAGGACAAGACUGCCAGUACAAGCAGAUGUUUGGUAGUGAGCUGCGUGCAGUGGUGUUGAAGUUGGUACAACUCAUCGCUCAGGCCCGACAGACGGCGAAGCGGAUCUCGGAUCAGUCUGCUGAAGUGGCAGCGAGCAGCUCGUUCCUGUCGUGGUUCAACAUGGGCUUCUCCGAUCCUAACUCCACCUUUAAUGGAGCAGAGGCUGAUGAAAUGGGAGGGUGCAUUAAGACGCAUGAAUUUCUGGACAAGGCCCUGGAUUACCUGUGUCUGAUAUUUCGGCGGCUCGGCUCCGCAGGCAUCCUGCACUCCAAAUCACUCCGCCCUGAACAGCGAGUGCCCUCUGGAGGGUGCGCACUCCGGCCCUGUGCAGCUUACAGAGCGCGCGAGUGAAGUGCACAAGCUGUGAUUCGGGACUGAGCCGCUGUGCGCAAGUCACUCACCACUUGCAAGUAGAAGGAUGGCAAGCCUAAAGACAAUCAUAACUACACAAUGGGCAGUAUUUGCAUCAGUAUUUGCAUCAGUAUUUGCAUACUUUUAUACUCUUUAAUGAAAGGUGAUACAAGGCGGAAGUCCGCGCCGUUUUUCAGCAGUCGCGUCACAUGACCAACGCCAGCGAAUCAGGAAGGUGGAUGUCACAGUGACGUUGUCCAAUGACGACGCCAGCUAGAGCUCAGCACAGCAUUUCCUCGUAUCCCAAUGUUUACACAGCACCGGAUCAGAUACGAACUGGGUUGAAUACGUGGACCCUGGCGGAUUCCUGUUUCCCGGCGUUUUAAUGUGAACGGACAGUGCAUCCGCGAAGAAAACGAGACAGAUACGGUCUAAUGUAAACUUGGCCUGAGAUAGUAACAGGCAGCUGCUUGCAUGUGAAAUCUGCUCUCUUUAUGCAAGUUUCUUUACCCAGACCUGCCAACCUUAAUGUAUUUCGCAACAUCUUAGCAUCCUAUUACAGCGUUAUGAGUUAUCAUUCAUCCGUAAGCAAAAGGACCAGACUUUUUUUUUUCCCCUGCUUAAACAAACAAACGGCAGAUGAGCUAUUCAACAAUCAGAGAUUAUUGACAGUUGUCUGUUUUAAAAGUUUACAUACACGCUUCCAAAGAGCAUAAGUAACAAAUAGCUUGCACUAAAACCAUAUAUAUAUGAAUUUUAAUUACGUGCUUGCACUCCAAUUUCCAGCUUAUACAAGUGAUUUUGUAAAAGGGCUAUUUAUUUAU